GAACGGAAAUGGAGUUAGCAUACGAUAUACCUUCGUCAUGCUCAGGAGUCGUGACCAAUAGGUGCGACCUCAAGGUUGCCAAUCAUGUAUUGGAGAAGCUAGAUGAUGCACAUAAAGCUCUAUUUGUGCAAUCAUGCUUCCGGCCACUAGUGCACAUUCCCAAUUUGAAAUUGGCGUCUCAAAUAAUCCACCACCUUCUUCAAAGGACUUUGAAAUCAUCCGAGAACGAAAAAGACGCUGUCUGGUUCAAAUUUGGAGAAAAAAAAGCUAGAUUCGGGUUACAAGAAUUUUCUCUUGUAACCGGAUUAAAAAUUGUGCAUGAUGUGGAUUCGUACGAGGUCCCGGAAAGAAGUAGUUCGCUUUUGCAUUUAUUCAAAGGGAAGCGAGGGAAGCUAACAAAGAAAGAGUUGCUCAAGAAAUUUGAUGAUUUGGUAAAGAAGAAGGGAGAUGCAGAUUUGAUAUACAAAUUGGGGCUUCUCACGGUUUGGGCAUUUGAGGCACUGCCUGAGCUUGGAAAAAAAUUUGCUGAAACUUGUGGUGUCGGUGGCAGUCAUCCGAGAAUUUUGUCUUGGAAAAUGACAAAACAGUGGCGAAGCGAGCAACUUAGUACGUUUUUCAACACGUCGGAGGUUAAAGUUCGACGAACAUUACAACCUUCAAGGGAUGAAGUUCAAAGUUCAUACUUGAAGGAAUUCCGUAUUGUCCCUGAAGAUGAGGAAGAAGAAGAAGAAGGAGGAGAAGAAGAAGAAGAAGAAAAUGAGGAUGAGGAUGAUGAGGAAGAGGAAGAAGAAAAAAAUGAUGCAUCUCAGUCUGAUCCACCACAACAGCAAGUUUUUGGUGCUGAAGAGAUUUCAGCUAUAGUCAAGGAGGUUGUGAAGGAUGAGAUGAGAUUAUUUUCUGAGCAAAUGGAAAUGAAGAUGGACAAGUUUUCUGAGCGAAUGGAUGUGAAGAUGGACAAGUUUUUUGAGCGAAUAAAAGAUUUAGUUUUUCAAUCAAAAGAUAGUCCAUCUACCCGUGCUACAUAUGACGGGACAAAUGUUGAUACGGAGACCGCUCGAACAGUAGAUGGUGUUGAAGACACGAUCAAUUCACCAUCUCCCAUGCCCGAGAAAGAAAAGGUGGGAGUUAAUGAUGACGUGGGCUUGGAGAUGAGGGCAAAAGAUAAAGUUGUCUUGGUCGAAGACAAAUUUUCUGAGAAGGCUGUCUCACCAAAGAAGAAUGAACAUGGAUUGGAUACCGGUGUUGUGACCGACCCGUCAUCAACGAUGUUCCAAGAACGACAUUUGGAGAUCGAGGAAACCGAUGAAGAUGAUGCACCCGAGUCUCCUAAGGGAAGAGGCCACCGGAAGAAAAGAAAGGCCGCCAUCCUACUUACUCCGUGGAGGAAUCCCGGAAAAAGACAAAAAAUUUCAAAUGUGACGGAGUACGACCCUCAUAGGACAUUGGAUGAAGCUAAACUUGAGGAUUUAAGGCAGUGGUUGGCGAACUCCCCAGAAAGUGAUGAAAUUGACGUAGCUUGGGGUAAGGGUAGCGCAGGGAAAAAAUUUUUUAAUGACAUUCUGGACGAUAAAUGGCUUUGUAGUGAGCAUGUAGAUGCAGCUCUUUUUCACAUGAGAGGUCGGGCUAUAGAGUACCCUCUCUUGUUUAGACAAGAUUGUGUCAUGUUGGACCCGCAUUUUGUGUCUUAUAUAAGAAUGUUCUUUAAAGACGCGUCAAAAGUUGAAAGCUUUGAUAGGACAAAUUUUCCAAAGGCAUUAGUUAAGUACGCCGAAGGGAAACUACCCACUCAUGCAAGGCCGUGGACUAGUUGUACCAAAUUGUAUGUUCCCUUUUGUAAUGUGAAUAAUGAUCAUUGGGUAGCACUCGACAUUGAUCUCUCCAAAAGAUGCAUUGAUGCAUAUGAUAGUUCAACGAGUGUCAUGCGGAAGCGACAAUUUGAAACGGAAUUGGAGCCCAUUCGAGUUGUCAUACCUUUGCUAAUGAGGAUGUUGAAUGCUACCUACAGUGCAGAAAAAUUUGAUUUGAAACGAUUACCAUGUCCUAGCCAAGCAAAUGGGUUUGACUGUGGGAUGUUUACAAUCAAGUUCAUCGAGUUUUUGCAUGCUGGGAAGGAUGUUAAAGGCGUAGAGCAAAAAAUGAUUCCCUCUUGGCGGCUUACGAGAAGACAACCUUGCCGCAAUAAAAGUUGCCGGAAAGAGGGAGUGUCCUUGCCGGUCGGAAACAGGUGGUGUUGUCGCCGGAGAUUGGAGAUGAAAGGAACGAUUUUCUCGAGCGGA